AUGGUAAUAAAUACAAUAUACAGUAAUAAAAAUUUUAAAAAAAUGAUAUUAGGAACUAAGGAAACUUUACAAUAUAAAAAUAUUGCUAAUUUAAGAAAGUGUAAAAAAAAGAAUGAAAAAAAUAUUAGUUAUAAUGGAGAAAAAAAUGAUGGAUUUUUAUCUUCAAAAAUUGAUGAAAAAAAUAAGAAUGUGCUACAAAAACAUUUAUUCUUCAAGAAGUUUAAUGAAAACUUUUUUAAAAAAAGAAAAAUAUUUUAUAUAGAUAAUAACAUCUUUUUUAUUUUAGGUGGAUUCACUACAUUAUAUAGUGUAUUUGUUUAUGACUUUUUUACAAAUAGACAUAUGCAAAUUUUUUCGAAUUUUUUUUUUUUACUAUUUCAAGUAACCAGGCAAAGUAUUAAUAUUUUAGCUUGUGCAGUCCACUUACUAUUUAUUUGUUUUCAAAUUUACGUAUUAUAUAUUAAAUCAGAUGUUAUUAUAAAAUGA